UACAAGUUGUGAGGUUCAUUUUACUUCCUGUUAAGCAAGCAAGGCAAAAGAAAUAGACCGCCCUUUGUUGAAUGAACUAGUUUUCAAGUGCCAUGUCAGCUUCAAAUCGUUCAGACUCUGCUUUCACAAUUAUAUUUACUCCAGGGACUCAUCUAAGAACAGCUGCAUGUUGCUCAGUUCAUGCCUGUUUUGAAACAAUAUGACAACAGAAGUGACUGGACACACUUCAUCUUACAGAAAUAAACACUUCAGGAAACACCCAUUUACAUUGUGAGGUGAUAACAGUGCCUUAACAUAUAGCACAAACUCAUUCAGCCAGACAGAAUGGAAGGAGCUCAUGACAACAAAAGGUCUCUGGGCCCAAAUUACGAGUAUAAAGUGGAGCAGCGAGCUGUGAAGCACAGAGAAAUCAGCCAUCGCAAUAACACAACAUCAUGUCGCAGUCCCACAAGAGAUGUGGACACAAGGUGGAUUAAAAACGAACUCCAUCGUAAAAGACAAUUUGAGUUCUUCAAAAGAAGACCUGUUGACCAUGGCACAUACACACUGUUAUCUGCAGUGCCAAGGCACAGGUACUCGAAGGAAACCCUGCAUGAACCAGAGCUUAUGACGCAAACCUUUACGUCAAUCAGACGGCCCUUAAUAACAAGUCCAAAUGUAAGGCUCCGGAGAGAUGGCAUAAACUUUGCAAAGCAGACAGUCUCCACUUCUUCAAUGAAUGAAAAUGAUCCCGGGCUGAAAUCAGACGGAUGGGGUCUCAGUUCUGCUCAGCUUCAGAGGAUAGUGAAAAAAGAGCGAGUAUAUGAUCAUACAGUUCUCAAAGACGUCACUCAGCUCUCAAACACCCAGAAGAUAUUACAGACUGCCAGCAUGCAGACAGAGUCUGGAUUUGUUACCGUCAAAGAAGCGGAUGUCCACCAGUUGUCUGUUUAUUUAGAGGAGGCCUUACAUAGAGAAGAGGCUCUUAAAAAGAAGCUCUCCAGCCUCCAGAAGAGCGCCUCUACAUUGCUGUGCUCUACAGAGCUCCUGUGGAAGACACGUUGUGAUGAGGACUUGCUGAAGAGUAAGAUCAAAGCUCUGGAGGCUCAGCUGCUGGUUUGCAUCAAGAAGGUUCCUCAGGAUGGAGUGAAAAAAGUGGUGCUAAAGAUGGAAAAACAGAGGGAGGAAUAUGAACAAAAGGCUCUGAAGGCUAUUCAGAGGGCGGAGAAUGAGAAGGCGGAAGCUCAGAGCAAGAUGGAGUAUCUCCAGGGGGCGCUGCAGACAGCACACACAGAGUCAGAAUGGUGGCAGGGGCUGUGUGAGGAGCUGAAAGAGGGUUCGAGUCAGCUGAAGAAGAGGCAGGACGAGUGCACUGAUCAGAUGCUACAGUUGCAGAGUCACUUGGAGCGUUCUGUGGAACAGGAGGAGAUGCUGAGGAAACAGAGUGAAUCUCUUCAGUUAGAGAGAGAGGAGCUUCAUUCCUGCAUCUCCGAGUUGGAGGAGGAGAACCUCAACCUGAGAGCAUAUCUACAGGAAGUCAAAGGACACAACCACGAGUUGUGGAACAGUAACACACAAAUACAUGAAAAUGUUUCAGUGUUGGACCAACUCCUACGGACAGAUAACGGCAUUGCGAGACAACUGAGAGACACAGAACAGAGACUCAGAAUGAAAGAAAAUGAGUACACAGAGCUGCAGGCGGAUCUCGAGGCCCUGGAGCAGGACUGUUACGGCUAUCAGUCCCGACUGACCCAGUGCCGAGAAGAGCUGAACAUACUGAGGACGCGCCAGAAAGGCAGCAGGAGUGGCCGCUGUGGGACCUGGCUCUGUAUAUGUCUGUUCUUACUGCUCAUGAUGGUGGUGGUGUUGGCAGGCCUGUGGUUUUAUCAUCAACCCGCUAGAGAGCUGCUCCGUCAGUUUUACUCUGACCUGGAACAGCGAAUGGAGGACUACCUCAUACAGACAGCAUCAGCUCAACAUGGAGCCUGCUUUAAACCUGUGUGACAGGCAAGAGUAAAGCCAAGAGUGUUAAAGAUUUGAUGUUUAUAUUUAUUUUUUUAUUUCAGAUUUUUAAUAGAUUUUUUAAAGUUGGACGUAUUAUGUCACUAUUAUUUUGUUAUCUUUAUUAGUAGGGGUGUAACAAUAUAUCGCAAUAAAAAAUGUAACAUUACGUAUCAUGGAUAAUGUCAAUAUGUUUUGUGCAUAGUUCACCCAAAAUGAAAAUUACUGUGUGAGAAAAGUUAAAGUUUACAGAGUAACCAGUAAAAAGUGGCCAACAUAAUUUUAAUCAUAUCUAGUCAGUGAAAGAGUGCAAGCAUAUUUGUCUAAUAUAAUUCUGUAUUUUCAGCUUCAGAAUCAAUGGUGGUGUCACCAUUGUCCUGUGCAUUGUGUUAUCAGCACUAAGUCCAAACCUAUUCAUGUACACAUACAAUGUUAUAUCAAAAUUAGCAUAUUAAUCAACAGUACAUUUUUUGUUAACCUUUUCCCAUAUUCAUUGGAGUAUCGCAAUAAUAUUGUAUCGUGAGUUCAGUAUCGAAUCGUGACAUGAGGGUAUCGUUACGCCCCUACUUUUCUAUGGUUCUUUGUAUUAUUAUCUAAAACGGACCAAACUGUGUAAAUACUGGUGACAUGUUACAAAACAAAAGUGUUACAAUGAGUUUAAACCUAAAUCUGUAUCCCAUAUAUAGAUUUUUUUUUAUUCUGAUUAUUGAAGUUUAAAAACUGGACAUAUAAAUGUGAAAGUCAAUAGUUGAAGCCUUGAAUAAAUUCACUAUGAACAACUGA